AACAAAAUUCAUGUAAAAGUCAAUAGAAAAAAAGAAAAAUGAGUUUUCGAAAGACUCGCGGCCGAUCCCGUAGGAAUUCCAUGAAUGUUGUAUUAAACACAGAGAAAUGGCGUCAUUAUGGAAAAAGAAUAUCAUAUAUAAACACGAACUGUGUCGAAGAAGAUACAGAAGAUGAGGAACCAGAAUACAACGAAAUCAAAGACUGGGUAGAAGAGUUCUUCGACCGUAAAAGUGUAUGUCCAAACAAGUCAGAUCAAGAUGUAGAAGUGCAACUCACAAAGAAACAGACUCUUAUACUGUCAACACUAGUGCCCGAUGAAAUAAUAAUAAUGGAUAAAUUCGACCCAUCAAAUCCUAAACGAUUUGUUGGUGUGCUACUAAUGGCAGAUGUCUCUGGCUACACCGCACUAUCAGAACGAUACAGCAAUAUUGGUAAAGGUGGCACCUAUCGUCUUACAGUCACUCUCAAUACCUACCUCGGAUCUCUUAUUGAACUUAUUUACAGUCAUGGGGGUGACAUUCUCAAGUUUGCUGGAGAUGCAUUUCUGGCUCUUUGGAAGACAGACAAACGUACCUUUCUAUGCCAUACCAUUCAUACAGUAAUAGCUUGUGCCUUAAUUAUACAACAUUUUUAUGGAUCUUAUGAAACAGAUGUCAAAGUAAAUUUAAAGGUAAAAUUAGCUAUUUCAGCCGGAAAUCUAAUAUUUUCCCCUAUUGGUAGUGGACUAGACAUGAACUAUAUUAUUUUCGGAUUACCAGUUAUUGAAGCUAAAUUAGCUGAAAGCGUCUGUUCUUCUGGAGAGGUGAAGUUAACACCUACUGCUUGGGGACACUGUUAUUCAAGAAACUAUGAUCAUAUGAUCCACAAAGAUGGCCAUGUCACAAUAAAAUCAAUUCUGUAUGAUCCACAUGAAAAAGACGUAACCAAACCUUUUGUAGGCUUCGGACCCUUAAUAAGACAAAUUAAAAAACCAUACACUGCUAUAGAGAAUCUGCCCGAUUUUUUUUGGGAUUCAUCGAAAUCUCUAAAUGCUAUAGACAUUCAAAAACGAAACGAAACAAUAAGUCUACGUAAAUCUAUUUUAAUAGCUGAAAAAAAAAAUAUUGGCUCCGAUAUACGUAAAUUCAUGAUAAGACCUAUUCUUACUCAAAUAGAUGCCCAUCAACCACUUGAAUAUUUGACAGAGAUGAGACAAGUUUCCAUUUUAUUUAUAACUUUGAAGCCUAAAGAAUGUUCCUUCCCACAAUUAAUAACAAUUGUUAAUAACGCAUAUAAAAUCACUUGUGAAAUUGUUUAUAAGUCUAUGGGGUGUGUUAACAAAAUAAUACUUUUUGAUAAGGAUAUUAUGAUUUUGGUAAUAUUUGGAUUACGUGGCUUUAAACAUGAAUCAGAAGCUCAGGCGGCACUUAAAUGUGCCUACAGUAUAAAAAAAUCAGUGUCAGCCCUAGAUGGGGUAAUAGAAGUCUCUAUAGGUGUAACAACAGGACAAGUAUACUGCGGUGUCGUUGGACAUCCCUUACGGAGAGAAUUCACUGUCAUUGGUGCCGUAGUCAACAAAGCUGCCAGACUAAUGUGUGGAUUUCGUAAUAAAAUCACUUGCGAUGAAAACACAUAUAUCAAAAGUAAAAUGUCUACAAACGGUUUUACUUUACAACCAAAAAUAGAACUUAAAGGAAUAAUGAAACCUGGUAAAAUUUAUGAAUAUACGGAGGAUAUCAGAGUAAAGGAGUUAUAUGAUAUACCAAUGAUACCGCCAUUGUUAAAUAGAACUGACGAAAUGAAAUAUUUUCAAAAUUGGCUUGAUAAUUCUCACUUAUCAUGUAAAGAUUUCGACGCUCUUCUAUUAGUAGGUGAAUCACGUAUAGGGAAGUCAAGAAUAUUAGAAUGGAUGGCUCGCUACUCAAAAAAUAGUGGAUAUAGAGUAUGUUAUAUAAAUCUUACAUCAAUACAUUCUGCUACCCCAUACUUAGCUCUUAGUCAAAUCAUUGAUCAAAUUUUAGGAUUGAAAGAACCUAUAACAGGUUUUAUAAAAGAAGAAAAAAUUGUACAAUUAUUAAAAGUAUACCACGAAGAUCUAUGCUAUUUAAAUAAUAUCAUCAAAGUACGUUUCGCAUAUCCUGAAGGAAUUUAUUCUCAAGAUGAGAACAAAAGAAAAGAAAAGGCAAAAAAGAUUUUUACAAAAUUAAUAAAGUCUAUAUUAGAAACGCAUGUCAUAUUCUUGAAUGACUUGCAAAAUUUAGAUUCAUCCUCCUGGGAAUUUAUAUCUAUCAUGCUCAGUGCAAUGAAAAUAUUUACCGUAUUAUCAGUCACACGUGGUAAAUUUAGUUCUGUUCAUAAUUGGCUUUAUAGUGUUUUUAUUAAUGAUAAUAUAAGAAAAAUUUUCCUUGCUCCGUUAACUUCUACUUGGAUACCUGCAUUAGCCUGUCAAAUUUUGGACGUGGAUGCAGUACCAAGCGAUUUAUGUAAUACACUGAGAACAAAAUGCAAUGGAUCUCCUGGUCUUAUUGAAAGUUUCAUUGUACAUCUAUUUUCAAGUGGUGCUUUAGAAAUAAAGAAAAUUCCAAAUAAUGAAAUUGAAAAUUGGACAAACGAAGAUUUACAGUUUCCAGAGUCAACUUUAUUACAUCCUCAGGCUCUCGAUGCAAAAGAUCAACCAACUCUUGAUCAAUUAAUUGAAAAAGACUGCACAGAUGAAAUAUCAGUUUGUAUAGUUACAAAAAAGGAAGAGUUAAAAACAAAUAUAAAUGUACAAAAUAUAGAUGCUCUAAUAAUGAUUCAAAUAGAUUCGUUAACUCCGUAUCAACAGCUUCUUUUGAAAAUUGCUUCAGUUAUUGGAAACAUAUUAUCAAGAGACCUCUUAGAAAAUAUCAUGUACGAAAACAAUACUAUUACAACUGCAAAAGCUAUUAAAAGACUCUUUGCAAUGAGAAUUUUGUCAUGUGCAAAUAUUCAGAUGACAAAAUGGAAUAGAAAAUAUUCAUCAAAUAUAUUAUCCAAUAACUCCAUAAAUUACAAUCUAAUAUGCCAGUGUCCUUUUGAUUAUGAUCCAGAAGAUAAUGAAAAUCUACCAAAAUAUGCGUUUUGUAAAGUUAUGAAAUUUAGAAACAAGAAUUCUAGAAAAACAUGUUAUGAAUUGCUUCCUAUGAACCAGAAAAAAGAAUUUCACUCCCGUAUAGUAAGUUAUUUAGAAAAUAGCAUACAAAAAUGCCUAGAUUGUGGUGGCAAACUUAUGAUAGUGCAAUCUAUUAUGAACUUUCAACCAAAUAUUACAUACGAAAGAGAUGACAGUAACAUAAUAGAUGAUGAAGAAGAAUGGGAAGUGGAAACAAUUAGUAUAACUGAAAAUAACACUAUUGAAGAAGUAAUUGACUUAAAAGUAUCAAAAUCAGAGUCAUCAAAUAAAUCGAAAAAACAUGAAACAGCACUAGCCACCAGUGACAUCAAAAAUAACUGUAGUUCAGUGCAUAGUUUAAACUCACAAAAUCGAACCUCACCAUACACAUCUAUAUUGAAAACAAAAUGCGAUGUCGAUACCGAUAUCGGUAGGAGAUCAACUAAGAGAGUAAUUAUGCCUGAACUUCAUUUUAAAAAAAUAAGUUCCGAGGAUGAACAACGUUACAAAAUAUUCGAUAUGUUACGAGCUGUGACAGAAGCUAGUACUAUAAGUGAAUGGCAGAGUCUUGGAGUUACGGACAGUCAAGAUGAAAUACAUAUUAACAAUAUAGAUAAAAAUAAAAAAUCAUUUUGCAUAAAAAUUGAAAAGGGUGUGUCUCGAACAAAUUUUAAUAAAUGUGCUUGUGGAGAAUUAAAUAUAGUAAACUGUGAACAACUCAUCUAUCAUGCACAAAAAGCUGAAAUGAGAAUAAAAGCAAUUGAAUUUAUGAUAAAAUUUGCUUAUUUAAAUUUACUAAAUAACAAUGUUGACGUCGCUCUGCCAAAGCUAGAAGAAGCAGAGGAGUUAUGUUUAAAAAAAGAAGGACCAGAUCCGCUCUAUUUGAAGAAAUUCGAUAAACGUAUUUUUUUGGGAAAAAUAUUUUCCUUGAAAUCUGCAAUACAUUUACUAAAUGGUAAAUUAUCAGCUGCAAAAUUAGAAAUGGAGCGUGCUACUAGGAUAUAUCAAUUAAACUUACUUAAUAUAUCAGAAUUUUUUAAAAUAAGGCAUUUAUUCAGAUCAUUCAAAUUCAAACGUCGAAAACACCGCACUCAUAAAAUGGUUUUAAAGUCAGAUUCCGUAUUCUGUUUAAAUGUUGCAACUCUAUUAUAUUCGGCAUUGGAGGACGAAAAAUUGUCAAGAAUAUGUGCAUUUCGCGCGCUUGACUUAGUGCAGGAAGUUGAAUGUAAUGUCAUAGAUAUGUGUGACACAUUCAGUAAUGCUAUACAAGUGGAAUUGGAUCGUGGGACUCCAGAGUCAACUUUGGAAAUCGAAAGAUUGGCCAGUUUGAUAUUGAGAGAGUUGUCGCGACCAAUUCAAGCACAUGAACUUUGCGCGGUUGGCAAACUCUUUUUGUCUACUUUUCGCGCACGCAUGUUUCAGGGUAAACUUGUGGCUGCUAUUCGUUCGGGUUUUCGGUCAAUAACAAUAAGCCGAUUUCUUCAAGCUGACAGUGUAUCUUUAGAUAUUAUACCGGACCUAUUCUAUAUUUUACUGGCAAGAUGUCGUAUAGAAGAAGCUGUUGACGUUCUCCAGAUAACACUUCGAAUAGGUCAAAAUAGAAUGUCACUUGAUUUUGAAACUUGGUAUUAUGCUCUUUGUAUGGACAUGAUAUUAGAUGCAGGAUUUCAAUUAGAACCACCGCAUGAAAUCAGUCGUUUUGCCGAAUAUGCUUUAAACAAAGUGUCUGACGGUCCUAGUCGUCGACGACUUAUCGUUGAUUUGUGGACUUAUUGGCUUCGGGCUGAUGUUGAUAGAAAAGCGAAACGAUUUGAAUCAGAAGCCCUUAGCUGGACGGCACGUGAAAAUGACGAUAGUUCACUAACAACCCUCUUGAGUGCCAUGAGACUUGCUGAAGGAAUGUUAGAAAGUUUAGCAAGAAAAGUGAAUGAUCUCAAAAAAGUAGUUGAUCUAAUGGAGCUGCGAUCUAUAGCUGACAGGGAACUAACAAGACUUGAGAAAGACGCACGUCUCAUGCGCACCAUAUAUCCUCGUUGGAUAUUAUUAAAAGCCAACUCCUUGUAUUUAUCUGGACAUCAUACUGCAGCCAAUACAGCGUUCAGUCAAGCAUUAGAAGAAGCGUCAAAAACUCACAAUCGUUUGGAGCAAGCUUUGGCACGUGCAGCAACUUCCAACUCACGGUUCUGGGUACAAAAUGCUCACGCUAACUGCUUUAUGAGUUGGCAAUCGGGCGUCGAACAAGCAAAAGCUUCGUGGCAUCAACUACUAUACAAAAUAAAUACGACGAGACACAGUUCUUAAUAAAAAAAUAUCAUUACCUUAAAUUAAAAAAAAUAUAUAAUCUAAAAAUAUAAUCUAAGCCAAAUAAUAAAUAUCUAUUAAAAACACACUAACUAUUAUCGAUCACCAAGUAAUUGAUGCGAUAAAUAUUAAGUAGCUAUACAUACUUAAAUAUCUCCCAUGCACAGAAAACAUAUAAUCAUACAAUUUUAUUAUAUUAGUGAAUAAAAGCUUUUUCGCAUAAUCAAUAUGGCGUAAGUUUCACAAGAAGUAUUAAUUUUAUGUACAGCGACAUCUACUUGUUUUAACAGUUUUCAAUAAACGAAAAACUAGAUAAAGCUGCUUUUAUUGGAAAAAAAAAUGCCUAUGGGUAGCAGAAAGUUACGAAUAGUGUCAUUAAAAAAAAUUAAACUAAUAUAUAU